UUCUUUAAAUUAAUUGCUAACACGGACUUUUGUUUUAUUAUUGACAUCUCCGCUAUUAAAUAGCAUCGAUGCUAAAAGAACCAUUGUGCACUUCUCGCCGUUUCGUCACACUGGAAAAAAGAUGCCAGAACCGUAAGCAAGUGAGCGGUGUCCACGCGGUUUGAAUUGACUUUUAAUUUUUUUUUUAUUUUGUGAAUGAGUGACACCCCUAUAGUACAAGUACGUUGAGUGCUCCACGCACCUCCCGAGAAAUCAAUUACGUAUGUCUCUGCCCUUUCAUGUCGAAAGUGUUCGCACAGGACGUGAAGACAAAAAAACAUUUAUUUCGCAGACCUGGUGUUGACAAUUGUCAAUAUUUCUCCUAAAUAACUGAGCCAAGGCGCCUAUUUCCUAAUUGAAAAUGUCACAGCCUACCACAUAGCCUCUAUAAAUACAUUUGUGGUAUCAUAUCUCUCAUUUCACACAUGAAUCCAAAUAACAUCCAGAUGAGGUGGUCAAUAUAAUGCAAUACAUCUGUAGUUGUAUAGCGCUUUCCGAACAGUUAAAACAACAAAACAACGAUUGGCAAUCCUACAAACAUAACCAUCCCUUCUUGUGCCUUGUAGUUUUAAGCAGUUCUAGAUGAGAGAGGAGCGAUUCAAAGUCUCUUUGCAGCAGUGCAUCAAAGGCGUCACAGAUCACAGCGUCUUCCUGAGUGUCUUUCUGCCGGCCGAUAGUGUAGUACGUCUGUGCAGAUUGCAGAGGAUGAGGAAUGACCCAACGUCCAUAAUCGUAUUAAGCCACAAAACAGCAUUGAAAUCAUUGCAGUCGAGUCAUCCAAGGGGACAUUGCUAUCCCGCCCCCAACGCAGAAGAUGAUGCGCCAGGUGACGAGCGGCGACUUCUGCAUGAGCGCCCGGCCGUCGUGCCUGGCCGAGGACACCCGCCACCCCGCCGCGCACUUUGACCUGUGCUCCACGCAGCCCAACAAGUUCUACACGCCUCCUCCACCGCCUUCAUCCGUCCAAAUGACUCUUGGCCCAAUGGUGUCGCCUGUUGGCUCUGGGCUUAAGCCUAUGGCGUGCCCCCGACAAGACGUCCUGGGCCCCGCCAAGCUCCCUGACGGCAAAAGCGGCGACCCAGCGGCGGCGGAAGACAGCAGUAAGAAAAAGAGCAAAGGCGCCGGCAAGACGGGGCGGCGCGGACGCCCGCUGGGCACCACCAAGCUGGCCGGCUACCGGACCAGCACCGGGCGCCCGUUGGGCACCACUCGCGCCGCCGGCUUCAAAACCAGUCCCGGGAGGCCACUGGGCACCACCCGGGCAGCGGGCUACAAGGUGAGCCCCGGGCGGCCCCCCGGCAGCAUCAAGGGCCUCUCCCGACUCAACAAACUGCCAUUCGGCGGGUCCUGCAGCGGGGCCGCUUUCCCGUACCCACUCGCGCACAAGGAGAUCCUCUGCGAAGCCUCCUGCAAGGACAAGACCGAUGCCGAGUGAGGUAUCGUUCAACCCGAUGCCGUUGGAAUUUUGGAUUCUUUUCUACGAUCUCACUAACAACAUUUCGACGCGCUCCAGAAGGAACCCUUUGUGCGACCGCACGUCCUGUGAAGGCAUCGCAAAUGUUGCCUCCAGCAAUUUAGAACCCUCGAACAGCAAUUUUGAAAAGGGGGAUCCAUCAUUCCGGACAUGGAUCCAGUUUGCAUGCAAGUUGGACAUCACAUGGACCUGGCUUCAUUUUUUUUUUUUUUUGGACUGUUCCAGUGCGAGUGUGUGUUUUGUAAUAACACAGAGUUUCGCCGUCAAUUUGUGUCCACAGAUUUUUUUUUUCCAUCCAAUCCAGUUAUUUGCUUUUUUGUGAUUGGGCCAAACCAAUGUCUCAACCAAACUACACUACCAUGGCCACCCCCUGCAAUAAAAGUUUUUACUUUUUUAAUUUAGGAAUUGCUUAGUCAGAAGCAAUGUACAUUAUUUUAUGGAUAUUUAUUGUUUCUAAUGUUCAUUUUAUUGUCUCACCUUUUUCAAUUUUUGCAUUAUUGUUGAUACAGUAUUUACAACUUUUUUUACUCUUUCUUCGUAGAACGCACUGCCGACUUUCUAAAAGAAGUACAAAACUCGCCCGUUUGGCCCUUUUUGUGCUGCUAAGCACUCCAAAAAUGUUCCCUUUGGUGCAAUAAUCAUGUUCCAUGUCUUGUAGCGUCCUAACUUUCAUACUCAACAAUGUUUUAGCUAAUCUUUUGAUUAAAAAAAAAAAAAAAAAUGCGCGUGGCUCACCCGGACCAAAGAAUAGCAACGAUGUCAUUCAUUUCAGUAUGAAAGUUUUUUUUGGUCAAAAUCGCAACAAAAAGAAAACAAAAG